AUCCAUUACUUCCACAAGUCUCCGUCUGAACACGGUUAUCUGCCUCGUCCCAACAUCAAUAGCGAGAGGAAGCAUGCUUUGCAGUACAGGAGGCGCACAAACCUGGAUGAGCCAUCUGUGUCAGGAACAAGCUCUUCCAGAGAUGUUCAAACUGAAGGACCUUCUGAGCCAAAACAAGCUAAACUGGAGCAUACAAAUAUAUGUGUGCAUCACACAUCACAGUCAAAUAUGAAUUUCUUUAUUUUUCAAGAUUGUUGUGGAGGAUGUACAAUCAUUUUCAGUUCUUGAACAACCAGCAUUUAGGAAGUUGAUUGAAACAUUAAGUGGAGGGAAAAGGGUCAUGAGUAGGAAGACAUUUGUUAACAGACUUGAAGCAGGAUAUGAAGGAUGAAGGAUGAUCUGAAAGCAAAACUUGACACAGUGCAGUCAGUAUGUACAACUGCUGAUUUAUGGUCAUCACACAACAGAAGCUAUUUUGGAAUGACUUGUCACUGGCUUGAGGACAAUCUUGAGAGAAGGUCUGUUGCUCUUGUCUGUACACGAAUCCGUGGAAGACACACUUAUGAAACGGUUGCUGCUAAAAUCCAAGAAAUUCAUGCUUCCUACAACAUUGAAUACAAAGUUCAGGGCACUGUCACUGAUAACGGAAGCAAUUUUGUGAAAGCAUUCAAAGAGUUCUCAUCUGGCAAAGACUGUGAAGUAGUGGAAAGCCAUUUUGAGGAUUUAGGCAGUAUUCUUUGUGAGGAAGAAAUGGGAGAAUUAAGUUAUUUUCUACCACCCCACCAACGGUGUGCUGCUCACACAUUGAACUUGAUUGCAUCAAAAGAUCUAGUGGAUGCCAUCUCCAAGGUUCCUGUACGCAGAUUACACAAUAGUGCAGUCGCAAAAUGUGCAGCAUUAUGGAGCAAAGCCCAUCGCUCUACUGUCGCUGCUGAUGCAGUCGAGUCCAUUGCAAACAUGAAACUUCUUGUUGCUUGUGUGACUCGAUGGGACUCUGAAUAUUCAGCUGUUCAAAAGAUAGUGUCACUCACUGAUUCGCAGCGUACAGAAUUGACAGACUUGUCGAAUGUCCCACAUCUGAUGUCCCAUGGAGUAACAUAUCUCAAAGAAUAUGUUGAUGUGUUGAAACCAGAGGCUACUGCACUUGACAUUUUGCAGGGAGAACAAAUUUGUUACCUUGGCAUUGUGAUGCCCACAUUGUUAACACUGAAAAGAAAGCUACAGGAGAAGAUUUCAAACACACAGUUUUUCUCUGAGAUCAUUGACACAACUGUAAAGGCAGUUGACUCACGCUUCAAGCUGCUGUUUGAUAGUUCCACAAUUAAGACUAUGGUGGUUGCCAGAAAGUGAACGGGAACAUCUACGAGCAAAGCUAAUGAAUUUUGAGCCGGUGCUUCUUUUGCGUUACAACAGCAACAUUUGCACUUCAACUUUCGAAUAGAGUAUGAAACAUACUUAAGGUAUAGAAAAUAUUCUAUUGUGUUUCUUGCAUCACAGACUGCCAAGGCUUCAGUGGAACAUCAAAAAGAUACAGUAAUUUUACAUCUCAGUUGGGCUUUUGAUAUGCUUCAUUUAAAAGCAGGGGACUCAACUUUUUGUUUAUAUGGCACUUUUAAGCAGCAAGGUCAAGGUCCGUGGCAAUGAUAUUGCUGUAAAUAUCUUGUACUUUAAUAUACUUUUUUUUGUAAUGUUGCUCUUGUUUGAUUUGUUAUUCUUUGUUACUUUCAUAUGCAUUUCAGAUGUUUUAGGGUGAAAUCUUUGACCUAGCAAAGUUAUUGCUGGCAAUUUCAUGUUCUUAAAUAUAUUUUUUGUAAUGUUGAUUUUUCGUUAUUGUUUCUACCUUAUGCUCAAGUGUUUUGAGAUGAAAUGUUUGAUUUAGAAAGGUUAUUGUUGUGAGAUUCAUGUUCUUUAGAUUCAAUGUUGUUAUUGUUUGUCUUUUCCUCAUUGUUACUAUGCGCUAUGCAAAUGCAAUUGCUCUGUGAAUUUAGUCUUUUUCAAAAUUCAUGUUUGCAGUGUAGCUAUUGUUUGAUGUUUUUCAUUGAUACUGUAACAUACACUUCUAGUGUUUUUUUUUUUUUAGAUUAAAUAUUUUACCUAGCAGUGAUAUUGCUAUGAAAGUAAUGUUUUUCAAUAUUGGCUUUUGUAAUGUAUCUGUUUUCUAAACUUACUUAAUUAUAAGUAAAUAUACUUUAAAAUCAUAAUAUGUGAUUUUGUUUUAUUCAGUGUUACUAGCAAACACUAACAGCAAGGUACAUUAGUGUUAGUAUUUUGUAAGAAUUAACUGUCCAUACAUUGCACUUGAAAAAGAAGCUAUUGUGGCUCUUUUUGGUGAAUUAAAUACAUUUUUUCUUUGUAUCUGUCAAAAUUAGUACAAUAUUAGGUACAAGAUUAACUGAAUAUGUGAUAUCAAAUAAGGUUUCGCACAAAUGUAAUCUAAAUGUAAUCCAAAAGUAAUCAGAUUACGUUACCAAAAAUGUGUAAUCUAAGAGAUUAUAUUACUGAUUACAAAUUUUGCCUUGUAAUCUGUAAUCAGUAACUGAUUACAUUUCAGAAGUAAUCUAACCAGCUCUGCGCAUAAUGCAGCAUAUAUAGAAUCUGCAGCUAAAGGCUAUCAACUGGUUAAUGUGUAGAGGUCACAGAGACAUUCAUCUGUCUUCCGUGAACCAGUGAACAAAAAGAGAAAUGUCAGGGUAAAGGAAAAACCGCCAAAUGUUCACAUAUGGGUUAGUGGUGAGAGAGUGGGAGAGAUGGAGGUCAAAUAUGCAGAAUUUCUGCAGGUGCUGAGUGUGUGUGCCCAAUUUCUACUAUAUUCUAUUGUCAUUAACCUUAUUAAGCGUGCUAUAUCAUAUUUAAUAGGUCUCUAAAUGAUCAACAUCAUCAAACAUUGCUGUUAAACUAUAUUGCAUACAUUCUGUCGUCUGAUUGCUAAUUUAGACUUUUUAGCAAGUAAAAGUUAUUUUAAUAGAACUGUACAAACAUCCACCUUCAGCUUGUGAUCCAUGUCUUUUUUCUGUGAAAUCAUAAAACAAAUGAAAACAUAUGAAUGAUAUUGAAAGUUAUAUUUCAUGUCUAAAAAUAUGUCUUAUUCGGUGACUAAACUCUGGAAUAACCUACCUAACAGUUUCCUCGCGUUCCUUGUGUUUUCUAGUUUCUUGUUUCCUGUUUGUUUUGUUCCUGACUGAUUUCAUGGUUUUUACCCCAUGCUUAUUUUGGAU